AUGGAAAAUACACGAAGUAAUGAUGCCACUGAAUCCUGGGAGGCCCGAAUAAGUCGAAUGGAACAGAUGCUUAUAGCUUUGACUGAAGCAAUGAUGCCACAACAGAGGCAACAACCUUUGCCCCCUCCACCUCUGCUGGUGCAAGUUGAACCGGAUAACAAUGACAUAAUCAACUUAACCCAGAAGUUCAUGAAGAUGAAACCACCAACUUUCUUAGGUGGUAUUGAGUCAUUAAAGGCGAAAACAUGUCUGCUCGAAAUGGAGAAAUUAUUUGAAGUUUUUCCUUGCACCGAGACUCAGAAGACUCUCAAAGAUAAAGCCCGAAAGUGGUGGUUGUUAAUCCGAGAUCGUAAUGGGAAUAUGACAUGGGCUCGAUUCAACGAGAUCUUCUACAACAAGUACUUUUCCCAAUGCUUCAGAAAUCGAAAAGUGUCAGAAUUUCAAGAACUUAAGCAAGCCAAGAUGUCAGUGACCGAGUAUGAGGCCAGGUUUACUGAAUUAGCUCGUUUCACCCCACACAUGGUGGACACAGAUUAUAAGAAAGCUCAAAAAUUUGAAGGAGGACUGGAUCUAGAUGUGUUUGAUUGGUGUAGACACCCCAUUUUUGACCGCCCUUAA